GAGGAGCAGGAGAGCAACACGCCAACCAGCAGGACCCAGCAGGGGAUUGACCGGGUACCGCGCGCUGUCGAAUUCCGCGUCGUCCCGUCACAGUCAUCGAGGCCUUCACCCAAUUCCCCCCCCUUCACCUUCAUCGCAGAACAGCGAGGGCUUCCGCACAUACUCAAAACGUACCUGCCUCUGUCUCGCUCGCUUGUCGCAGUCUGCUCGCAGUCCCUAGCCUUUCCCACAGGUGCAUUGCGCUGCACUUUGUUUCACCACUCAAGAUGGUCUCGUCGAGAUCACCCACUCUCUUCGUUGUGUGCGCCAUCACACUGCUAUGCUCCGUCGUCCUUGCUGCACCACCGGCACCUCACCGCCCCAUAGUCCUCUGGCACGGAAUGGGCGACAGCUGCUGUAACCCCGAGUCUAUGGGCGCCGUCAAAGCCUUCCUAGAAGAAGAGCUACCCGGCGUCUACGUCCGCUCAAUAAUGAUCGGCGACAACGAGGAAGAAGACCGCCGAGCUGGCUUUUUCGGCGUAGUGAAAGACCACGUCGAACGCGUAUGCGAAGAGCUCCGGGCAGACCCCAACCUCCGCGCCGGCUUCAACGCCAUCGGCUUCUCCCAAGGCGGUCAGUUCUUUCGCUCAUAUGUAGAACGCUGCAACGACCCCGCGGUGCACAACCUCCUCACAUUCGGGUCCCAGCACGCCGGCGUCAGCGAAUGGCCGGGCUGUAAAGACGAGCACGACGCCACAUGCACACUCGCCCGCGCCUUGCUGCUGAAAGGCGCUUACCUGCACUGGGUGCAGCGUCGGGUCGUGCAGGCGCAGUAUUAUAAGGAUAUGAAGAAUGAGGAGGCGUAUUUGGAAAAGAACAUCUUCUUGCCGGAUUUGAAUAAUGAGAAAGGGGUUAAGAAUGAAGGGUAUAAGAAGAAUUUGAUGAGCUUGAAUAAGCUGGUGUUGAUUAUGUUUGAGUCGGAUCAGACGGUUGUGCCAAAGGAGACUUCGUGGUUCGCCUACUGGAACGCCACCGGCUCCCUCAUCCCGCUGCACGACCAGCCGCUCUACAAGCAAGACUGGCUCGGCCUGCAGGAGAUGGACAAGAAGGGUCAAUUGGUGUUUGAUAAGAUCACUGGGGCACAUAUGCAAAUCGACAUCGAGUAUUUGCGGAAUACGGUUGUGCCGAAGUACCUGAAGGACGAUAAGUGGGGGAAGGACGAGGAGGAUGUGGUGGUGGAGGCGCCGAGGAUCGUUGUUCAAGCAUGAUCCGUGAAACAUAGUCCUAGCUUCGGUACUGGGUAGCAGGGGUCGUAAUGCUGUAUCUGUAAAUAUCAACAAGGAAAAUCUAUUGGCAGGCAUGAGAGAUUUCACACGAAAAGAUACAAGAUUUUGAUAUUU